AUGGUUACGCUGUGUGAUGAAGAUGAGAACGGUGUUUUUGAAUCCACCGGUUUCAAACACUUGGGGGCUGAAGCAGGUAAGACCAGUAUGUACAACCCUCGUGAGAGGAUGGUUAUGCAGUGUGAUGAAGAUGAGAACGGUGUUUUUGAAUCCACCGGUUUCAAACACUUGGGGGCUGAAUCAGGCAAGACCAGUGCCAAAGUUGCUGAAGCUGUACAGAUACUUAGCUCGGUCGCCUAUGACCCGGAGAACCACUGGCUUGCCAAAUUUGACCCAAUCUCUCUAAAACUGUAUGAUAACGCGCAACGAAAGUGCUAA